CUUCCACUUACAAUAUAGUACAUCCUUUUUUCUUUUUUUUUUUUACAUUCUUUUAUUAUUUUUCUUAUUUUAUUCUUUUUAAAAAUAUAUUUCAGUAAUGUAAUGAUACUAUGUUGAUGGAAAGUGGAAUGGUAAUAUAGAAAGUGAAGGUCAAAACAUAUUUUACUAAACCAUUGCAGUCUAAGUGCUUGAUAAAUAUAACAUAACUUAAUUCAUGAUUUCAUGCAAGUGGUCAGCAUCAAACAGGAAGUUGAUCCCAAAAAGUUUGAGCAGAAAGACUGACAUAGUCUUUGGUUAGAGUUUUAUAAGGUUCUAAACUUGUCAUGACUAAUAUAUUACACAUAAUUAUGAUGCAUAUGUGUAAGAUGUAUUACUGUAACAAAAUAAUGACAAUGUUCAUUCAAAUCAUUUACAUAUGUUUAUAAUGUAAUAAUUUUGCAGAUUAUACUUAUCAUGGCUUAGUAAACAUGAUUUGGUCAUUUGAGGCAGCAUGGUUCAGAUUAAUUGGGACAGUCUUAAAAUUAUUUUUUUUAGCCCUGUUAUUUUUGUUAUUAUUGCUGUAAGAAAUGAAUUAUAGAAUGUUACACAGGCCAUAUGUAGUAGUAUGCUGUGUUCAUACAAUAUUAGCAUAUGUUGAUGAAUUUAGAGGUGUCCUGUUACUGAAAUUAUUUAUUAAUGCCAUGAAUAAGUAUGCUACAAAUGAAUAACGUCUCAUCGAGAAAAGUGUCAUUGGGAACGAAAGUAAAAGCCUGAACCAGAGAAUAUAGGUGUUCCUAAUUACUAAACGCUUAAUUAAAAUAGUUUUGAUUCAUUAUGUCAAAAGGAUGUCAUCCUAAUUUAUAAUAUGGUAUAAAUAUAUAUUUUGUUCUUCACAUGUAGGUCGUCAACACCUUCAGGAUUUCAGAAUGAUGUCAUGUCUUGGGGAGUUUUUUUUAAUUAUGGAAAGAAAGCUUAGAUCAUGUGGAAAUUCAAAAGCAUGAGCGUUGAGAUGGAGGCAUGGCCAAACUCCUUCAGGAAGUCCCGGAAAGCACUUGAUUUCCGUCUCGCUGACGGCAGCCAAUCAGCGGCGGGGACAGAGGCUCGCGGAUAAGCUCCCGCCAAUUCUGAGUUGAGCGCGAGGGAGUUCAGCGGGGAUGUGAGGCGGUCAGAGGGGAGGUAGUCGGAGAUAAAAGUCAGUCCAGGAAAAGAAGUUAUUGUUAUUUAAAAAAAAGAAAAGAAAAAGACACCUUGUAACGACACUCGACAAUUUUGUUCACUCUUUACAAGUGUAAAGCCAAUGAAAGUUUCGGACGUUCGCUCGACGUGAAUAGCUUCUUCACUGCUCUGUUUUUAUUUACACCUGAAGUGUUUUCUCGUGAAUUUUCCUCGGUAACUUGCCGAAUGGUGGUGGUGAUGCUCGCGGCCGAAGACCUUUCUGCGGCCGGGCCUUUAGCCUGCACGCCCCGGAGAGGUAUGGAGUGUGUGGACAAAGCCAACACUGCCAACAAGAAGCUCGUUCAAGCACGUCUUCCCUUCAAACGACUUAACCAAGUACCCAAGGAAACCGGGAAGCCCAAAAGAACCAGAACAGCAUCUUCUGCUCCUCCUACCGUUGAACCCAGUGCUUCUGAUGGGGAGAAUGAAGUUGAUGCUACCUCUGCACCCCUGCAACCAAGACCCGCUCUGAUAAAUGGCCGUGGGCCUCUUGAUGGUUUUAUGAGACGGACCAAGUGUUCAGUUAGUUCUGCUUCUGCUGUUAUCGACCUUACAGAGGACUCGAACUCCACUGAUGUCAAGAUACCGCUUUCCGCUCCUGUGGAUGCAUUGUGUCCUUCUACAGGUGAAGCUGCAAAAAAUACCCAAAAUGUCACCGAGACAGAAGAGCCAGAAGUGGCCUCUGCUGUUCCCCUGUCGUCAGAAGAAACUAUGGAAACCGAUGAAGCGGAGGACAGUGUUGCUUUCUCCCAGUUGGACAGCACUGUGGAGUCUGAAACCGACACUGAGCAGAUCGCAGUCACCAAGCAGUCACAAGAGACUGAAGAGAAUCAGGAGAAUGAAUCUCUGUUGUCUACCAGCUCUGUGUCACUGGUUGAGAGUUCACCAGAGCCCAGCAAGAGCACACCAACCACUCCGCCAUCAGAGUCACUGAUGGACACUGAGCAGAAACAGUUAAAAAGACGCUCUCUUAAGAGCACUCAAGAACUGGAAGAGAAGCAGCGACAACGAGAGGAGAGAGAGCGGCAGAAGCAGGAGGUCAGAGCUGCCAAAGAGAAGAAAAAGGAGGAGGCACGGAGACAGAAAGAGGAGAUGAAAAAAGAAAAACAAGAGAAGAAGGAGAAGGAGGAAAGGGAACGGCGAGAGAAAAGGGAAAAGCAUGACAAAGAGAAGGCAGAGAGACAGCAGGCAAAGGAAGAGCAGCGUAAAGUGAAGAUUGAGGCUAAACUUGAAGAGAAGAGAAAGAAAGAAGAGGAAAAACGGUUGAGGGAAGAGAAAGAGAGAGUCAAAGCCGAAAAGGCUGAGAUAACUCGAUUCCUGCAGAAACCCAAGCCUCAGUUAGCACCAAAGACUCUGGCAUCUGUCUGUGGGAAGUUUGCACCAUUUGAAAUCAAAGAACAUAUGGCUUUGGCACCACUUACCCGAGUGCAAUGUGAAGAGGCAGAUCUAGAGGAGCUAGAUCGAUACCUGACGGAACCAGAUCGUACUCUCGACUGCUUAAAGGACUGGAUAACCCAUAAACCCCGCAAGUCAGGACCAACCAAACCCAAACACACAGACAUGCAGAGAGAUUGCGUACUGGUCGAUGAUGGCCCGAAGACAGAAGGUGUUCCUGACCACAAGCGUUACGGACGCAUGAAGCUUCUUCAGUUUCAUGAAAACUAUCGUCCUGCCUACUGGGGCACUUGGAGCAAAAAAAGUACACACGUAUCACCUCGCUGCCCUUUCAAGCUGGAUAAGGAUUUGCUUGACUAUGAGGUGGACAGCGAUGAGGAAUGGGAAGAGGAGGAGCCAGGAGAGUCCCUGUCACACAGCGAAGGGGAUGAUGACGAUGAAGGUGAUGAUGAUGAUGAAGACGAUGGCUUCUUCGUGCCGCACGGUUAUCUUUCAGAUGGGGAAGGAGCACUUGAAGAUGAGGAGGGUGGUGAUCCUGAGAAGCAGAAGGUGCGUCAGAAGCUGAAGGCUCGGGAAUGGGAUGAGCUGAUGGCUAAGAGGAAGCUGAAAGUGCUUGAGGCAGUGGUGAGGGGCUGCGUGUGGGAGGGAGAGGAUCUUCUGCCAGACAUGCUGCAGCCCUACGCGGUCUGCAUGAUGGAGCCUCUGAACAGUGAGGAGCCCAACACACCUGAAGAAAAUGCCUCAUGCCAACAGAGAAACCUGCAAUGGCUCUCUCAGCUGUUGCCCUUGCUGCAUGGCAAUGUGAACAGCAGUAAGAUGAUUAUCACAGAGUUCCAGGAGUUCUGUCGCCAGCAAAUGUCCUCACCAAGUGGCAGCCCACAGAGCUCUGCAGACAAAAUCCCCCCCAGGAUUCGAGUGAAGCGUCUCAUGAAGGAAAAUGCGGUAUACGAAAAACGAUCGACUUACAGACGGUGCUGUUGGUACGUUCACACCGAUGUCCUGGCACGUUUUGGCCAGGAGGCCUUACCAGUGCCCUGUCAAUGGACCUAUCUCACCCCUGGAGCACUCCCAGCCCGAGAUGAAUCCAGUCUGGUGUCACAAGGCUCUUCUCCUACUGCGUCACAUUCCACUUCGACCACUCCCUCCAACAAAAGGAAGAGUGGCAGCAACCAGUCCAUCACAAAGUACAUGAAGAGAUGUGGAGAACCUGAACAGGCUGAAACGAUGGAAACUGAUGGCUUUCAGGCAGACACUGAGGAUGAAGAUGAUGAUGACUGCAUUAUUUUGUGUGAGCAAUCCGGAUCUUCUGAACAGAACAGCCAAAUCUCCAGAACAGAAACCAAGAACACAGAGGCUAUGGAGACACUUCUCUCUCUUCCCUGCCCUACACCAGCUACUGCCUGAGGCACCAUUUCUAUUUAGUUUCUGUCUUAACUGUGUAUAAGGGGCUAAAAACCUAAUCUACAAUUACAGGUAAUGCACAGUAUUAAAGGGUCAUUGAACGAGCAGUUCAGUGCUAUUUGGUAAAGGAGUUGGCUGAUACUUCACUGUAACAGUCUACUACUGGACAGGCUUCAGCUCUAACAAGGCUCUUUUCAACAAAAGGCAGCUACCUGUGGUGGUUGUGUAUAAACCAUCUAGGAUCUCAUGGUCCACAGUGGCCCAACACCUCAGCACAUGAUUCUGGAGAACUCACAGCUCAGUGUAAAGGCCCCAUUUAAAAAAAAAUAAUAAAUACAUAGUCUCUCUCUCAAAUUUUAUAUAUAUAUAUAAAAUUUGUUUUUCCUCAGAA